AAAGUAAAAACAAACACCAGUGACGGAUAGAGUGUCUUUUGUUCGAUCAGAUUUCCAUAAACCCUAGAAAUCUGGGUUUUGGUUUUACUAAUAAAGAAAAAAACUCUGCAUUCUCUAAUUAUUAAACAAAAAUGGACAUCGACGACACUGAAAACCCAAACCCUAACACCACUGACACAGUACCGCCGCCGCAAACCACCGCCCUCCUCCCAACCCCACCACCAAUCGCCCCAAUUCCACGGCCACCACUCCGUCCUCAAAACGACGAUGAAAAAGAAUCCGAAAACGACGAUUCAUCACCAGAAUACGAAAUCUCGGAAGAAAGCAAACAAUUCCGAGAAAAAAAAGAAAAAGCCAAACAAGAAUUCCUGAUGAAACAACGUGCGGCAGCCUUAUCGGUUCCGACAAACGACAAAUCUGUCCGGUCGAGGCUUCGCAGACUAUCCGAACCAAUCACAUUGUUUGGAGAAAAAGAAAUGGAGAGGAGAGAAAGGUUACGAAUGAUAAUGGCGAAACUCGAUUCCGAAGGACAGUUGGAAACUUUAAUGAGGGUAUUUGAAGAAGAAGGUAUGGAAGAUGGAGGUGGUGGUGAGGAGGACGAAGGAGAAGCUGUACAGUAUCCGUUUUAUACGGAAGGGAGUACGGAGUUGUUGAAAGCGAGAUAUGAGAUUGCGAAGAGCUCGGUUUUGAAAGCCGCAGAGAGGUUGGGACGGGCGAGGAGGAAAAGGGAUGACCCAGAUGAGGAUUUUGAUGGGGAGGUGAAUUGGGCUUUGGAAAAUGCGAAAAGCUUUGUGUUGGAUUGUAGUGAGAUUGGAGAUGAUCGGCCGCUUUCUGGAUGCUCGUUUUCGUGUGAUAGCAUGUUUCUUGCUACUUGUUCUUUGACUGGAGUUGCUAAGGUAUGGAGCAUGCCGGGAGUAAAGGUUGUGUCCUCAUUGAAGGGGCAUACAGAACGAGCUACGGAUGUUACCUUUUCUCCAACUAACAACCACAUAGCUACUGCUUCUGCUGACCGCACUGCAAGGUUAUGGAACACCGAAGGAAGUCUGCUAAAUACAUACAAGGGUCAUUUGGAUCGUCUAGCUCGUGUUGCUUUCCAUCCAUCGGGCAAGUAUCUGGGUACAACCAGUUUUGACAAGACAUGGAGAUUAUGGGACACAGAGACUGGUGAGGAGUUGCUUCUCCAAGAAGGUCACAGUCGAAGCGUUUAUGGCUUGGCUUUUCACCCUGAUGGCUCUUUAGCUGCGUCUUGUGGGCUUGAUGCACUUGCUCGUGUAUGGGACUUACGGUCAGGGAGAAGCAUUCUUGCCUUGGAAGGUCACGUGAAGCCGGUUCUUGGUAUCAGUUUCUCACCCAAUGGCUAUCAUUUAGCAACAGGAGGUGAAGAUAAUACUUGUAGAAUCUGGGAUUUGAGGAAGAAGAGAUCCUUGUACACAAUUCCUGCUCAUGCUAAUCUUAUUUCUCAAAUUAAGUUUGAGCCUCAAGAGGGAUACUUCUUGGUAACUGCUUCAUAUGAUAUGACAGCUAAGGUAUGGUCAUCCAGAGAUUUUAAGCCAGUCAAGGUCCUUUCUGGUCACGAAGCGAAGGUUACAUCUGUUGAUGUGGCCGGAGAUGGAACAAGUAUCGCUACUGUUUCUCAUGACAGGACAAUCAAGUUAUGGUCGAGCAAAAUCGCUGAAAAGGAGAAGGCAAUGGACAUUGAUUGAGUUCUUCUCAAGUUUUGCUGUGGAAAACUAAGCAUGUCACGAGUUAGGAGUUAAACACUUGACCAAAAAUGUAUACAAGCGGCCUAGGGUAUUCAAAUCUAUCCGUUAUUCGAAAAUCCGAAAUCAAUCCGAUUUACCUGAAAAGUUGGAUAUCUGGAGUUUUGGAUUUGGAUUCGUAUAGUGAUUUUUGAAAAUUUCAGAUAUUUCUGAUAUCCGAAAGUAUCCGACAAGUCUAUUUUGAUUUUUUUCAGCAUUUCUUUCUACUUUUUGUUGUUGUAAUUAGUAUGAAAACUUGGUGACAUGGAUUGGGGUUUACAGAACUAUCAUGGCCUGUAGACAUUUUUAGGACAGAUGUGAAAUUGAUUUACUUUGAUUA